AUGAAGUGCUUUGAGUGUGACUUUGAAUUGUGCGAAACGGAUCCCAAUGUCAACACUUGUGAAAACGCUAUACUCUGUUUCAGUUCAACCGUUUGGCACCAAAAGGACAAACGAUUUCAAUACCGAAAGGGAUGUCUGGCUGCGGGUCAGCAGCAUAUGGUCUGCGGCCCGAAGAAUGUCCGCUUGAAUGACACUCACGAGGUGUACAUGAGAUCCAAUCAACAGUACAGCGCCUACUGUUGUCGCCACGAGAUGUGCAACAACUGGUUCCCGACCAUCAAUCAGAACGCACUGAACGCCAACACUAUCGCCAAGAGUGGCGCCGACAGCGAUAGCGGUUCCGCCGGCGAUGGCUUCGGUAUGGACGGCGUGUUCAUAGUGUUCGGUGUGUUGAUAGCGUUCAUUAUCAUCGGUUUCGUGGCGUUUGUGAUCUUCCGUUUGCGCUCAAAACACAAGCAAAAGAUGUCUCAUUUGUUGCGCACGGGUUUGAGUCCACCAAAUGUCGACCGCAAUGGCAAUGACUGCACGUAUAACGAAGACCUUCGGGUGACCGCCGCCGGAGACUCGACUCUACGCGAAGUGUUCGAGCAUUCGGUCACUUCGGGCUCCGGCUCUGGUCUGCCGCUACUAAUACAGCGAACGUUAGCCAAACAAAUACAUCUCGAAGAAUGCAUCGGAAAGGGUCGGUACGGAGAGGUGUGGCGCGGCGUCUGGCAGUCGGACAACAUCGCCGUCAAGAUAUUCUUCAGCCGCGACGAGAUGUCGUGGAAUCGCGAGACGGAGAUCUACUCGACGGUUAUGUUGAGACACGAAAACAUAUUGGCUUUUCUCGGCUCAGACGUCACUUCAUAUAACUCGUGCACACAGUUAUGGCUGAUCACCAGUUAUCACGAGUUGGGAUCGCUUUACGACUAUCUCAACGACACUCCGCUCGAAGACAAACAGAUGCUCUCGAUAUUGGUGUCCAUCAUAUCGGGUGUCCUUCACUUACACACAGAGAUAUUCGGCGGUUUAGGAAAGCCGGCGAUCGCUCACAGAGACAUCAAAUCCAAGAAUAUACUGAUGAAAGACACGUUCAACUGCUGUAUCGCCGACUUUGGUCUGGCGGUCACUCACACGCAGACCACUGGCAAAGUGGACGUCGCCGAGAAUCACAGGGUCGGCACCAAACGAUAUAUGGCUCCCGAAGUGCUCGACCAGACCAUGAAGAGUGACGUUUUUGAGUCAUACAAAAUGGCCGACAUAUACUCAUUAGCGCUAGUCUUCUGGGAAGUGGUCCGACGGACACGAGUGGACGGCUGUUGUGAUGACUAUUCUGUUCCGUUCAACAAACAGGUGCCAAACGAUCCGAGCUUUGAAGACAUGCGAAAAAUUCUAUUAUCAGAGUUGGAGAAAAUAAUACGCGAGUCGUGGGCUCACAACCCGUCCGCCCGUUUGACUGCCCUUCGCAUUAAGAAAUCUCUGCUAAAGAUAUCGACCGACUAUUUGUCGACAAUAAAAGAAGACAUUUCAUUGGAAAUGAAUGCUUGAGAGCGCACAGUCUGGACGAGCACUACCGGCGCUCACAGACUGCCAUAUGUACAGAAUGUAGAGUUUAAAGGGGCACUCAAAAUGCCAAUCAAUUCUAUUGGUAUUACCUCGUUGUUAAUGGUUAUGAGAUAACCAGUGAUGAGAAAAUACACAUUUUCCUGUUUGAGAUCCGUCUGAUAACUAUACACAAUGAGAUACUACUAAUAGAGCCUCCCGUUUACCCCCUUUAUAACUAUGAGCUAAGUUUGUAUUGUAAUCAAACUAAUAAUUUUUUUCGUAAUUUUUAGCCAUUUUUAACGCAAUAUUUAACUCAAUUUACAUCUCAUCUAAUUAUAAACCAUUAAUUCAUAUCUUAAUAUA